AUGACUUCCAAAGCCGCCAACUACAUUGAGCACCUCGACAUUGCACGCUGUCGAGGCGACUGGGCAGUUGUACCCGAGCUUGUCCGCAAGGUGCGCAAGCACGCUCCCCAGCGAGAAUGCCUCACCCUGACCGCCGAAACCGAAUGUGCCAUCUCCAGCGCGACAACGGGCUCCGAGCGCCCCUCCAUAGCUGCCAUCAUCGAGAAGCUCAACGUCGAUGCCACGAUACCCAAGCUGCAGGCCGCCAUUGAGGCCGAGACGGCCCAUGGCCAGGAUGCCUUCCAAGCCCGCGUCUGCGUUGGCUGGAUGUACUGGGUCGUUGCCGAGUAUGCUCUCGCCCUCGACCACCUUCCCAGCGGCCUCGCUGAAGUUGGCGAGGACGCCCGCAAGUCUUUGACCGAGUGGACCAGUGUCUGCGCCUUGAAGUCUGCCUAUCUCAGGGCCAACUGCCUUAUGCGCGACAAUCAGCGCCAGUCCGCCCUCGCCGCCUUCCAGUCCGGGCUACCCUCCCUCGAUCGCGUCUGGGGAGGCCAGCCUGUCCAGUCCCAGCUCAAGUACUGGUCCGAGCUCUACCUGACCGAAUACUGUACCUUGACCAGUCAAUCUAUCCGCCAAGGAGACGCCACAUUCGAACAACAAAACUCAAUCUCCUGCUUCCGAGCCUGGGCUCGCUACUGGGAGGCCAUGUCCGCCCCCGUCACCGGCGGUUUUGGCUUCAAGGGCUCCGCCACAUCUGUCCCCCGACGAUCGAUAUGGAACGAGUACUACCAGGGGCUCUCCAAGCAUCUUCUAUUCGACGACGCAUUCCCCCCUGCCAGCCUCGGCAACGUCCCAGCCGACACGCCGGCCCGAACUCAGCUGCGCAUGGAGCUGAAGCGCGUCGAGGCUUCCUAUGAGAAACUUCUCCUCUCCGAAACGACAUUUCCUCGAGCGGACGAGCAUCGCGAAGAGGUAGAGAAAUUCAUCAAGCAAGUCAUGGACAAUUGGGCUAUUCUUUGUGGCCGUGGUUGGAGUGAAAAGGAUCUUGGACAGGCUGGUCGCGCAGGCAUCAGUCGUGGUGUUCUUGAAACACUGUACAGCGCCGCAACCAAGACCUACCAUUCCACCCUCAUUCUCCGCUCACUAUUUAGCGUUCAUGUCGCCGUGGCCGAAUUCGAUCUUGCAUUCAAGGCUCUGGACUCAUAUCUCGAAAUCAUCAGCAAAGGGAAAGCCCGAAUCGCCAAAACUAGCAUUCCUGAGCCCAGCUUAGAUAACGACUCCACUGUCUUGGAAACCAUGGCCCAGGCCAUCAUGACCCUUUGCCGCUACGGCCACCACAAGUCAGCAGAAAAGGCGCGUCGCCUUGGUGCUGAGCUCGAAGACUGGCUUGCCAGACUAUCCCACAACAAACCCGGUACCGAAUCCAGCAGCUUCGUCCCGCCCCGAGUCAUUGCGCUCUCCUGGCAGGCUAUUGGUUUGUCCCACGCCCAUUGGUCUCGCUCAACGUACGAAGCAGCGUCCCGGACUGAGAUCCAGUCAAAGGCUAUUCGCUGCCUACGGAAGUCUCUUUCGUCCGAAUACGGCAGAUCAAAGGAUACCCGCAGCCUUUUUGCCCUUGGUCUACUCCUCGCUGAACGCAAAGAACUCUCUUCUGCCGUCGAAAUUAUUCGAGCCACUCUCAUGUCCACUAAGCGUGAUGAAAAUAGUGUAAAUGAAGAGCUAUACAGUGGUCCUUAUUGGCAAGAGAGAUCCCUUAUUCCCAUGUGGCAUCUCCUGGCUCUGUUGCUGAGCGCUCGCCAGGACUAUGCCAUGGCCAGCAGAGCCUGCGACGGCGCCGUCGAACAAUUCAAAGAUUCUUCCAUUCUCUUUGGAAAGGCGGAAAGCUUCAAGAGCGAGCACCUGAACGAUGCGGAAGCGAAGAGCAUCUCAACAGAGGCACAAGGUGGACUAGUGGAUGAGAUGGACGAUUUCGAAAAGGAGGAGCUUCUCGAAGUCAAGAUGACACAAUUGGCUCUCAUCGAACUUCAGGACGGGCCCAACGCUGCAGUCAAUUCCAGCUACGAACUUCUCUCGCUAUUUACCCGUCUAUUUGGAAACCUUUCUACCCAGUCAGCUGCCCCGCCACAGUCUAACGCGGACUCCAAGACGGCGUCGGGGCGCAGCAGUUUGCGCGGCAGCAUAUUCGCUUCCAAGGAGAAACCACGGGCGGUAUCAAGGCAAUCCGAUGAGGUUGGUGACAGGGGAACCGCACUUCCCAUCAGGCCGCCUACCUCUGCCCCCUCCAUCCAGGUCACAGAUGAGACGCCGCGACCACCGACAUCUCAGCGUGCUGGAGACGCUCCACGACGCAACAGUCUUAAGAAGAGAAAUCGAAGUCAGAGCAGAGGCCAGACAUCGUCCAACGGCACUCUGUGUCACCAAGGCAGCCACAUUGACGGCGAACCUUUCUUCACACCCAGCUUAGACGGCAGUCAACCUGGAACACCGAAAGGCCCACCAGUUGCCAUGUCCACCUCGUUUCUCUCGCGGGAAAAGACAGUUUCUUCAAUCACCUCGCGCGGCUCAAUCAUGUCAAAAGGCACGGAGUAUUCCGAACUGUCGCUAGAAAUGACGCAUGUGCCAUCGCAUGUGCUGCCGCUGGUGCAAUUCUCCAAUGAAAAGGCGAGAUCCGGACGCACGGCCAUCUUGGUCAAGGUUUGGACCAUGAUUGCCGGCUUCUAUCGCCGCGCGGACAUGCUGGACGAGUGCAAGGCUGCCAUUUCAGAGGCAGAGAAACUUGUGCAGGGCUUAGAGACGGAGGCGGCGAGGGAUCCUUCGGCCGAUGGAGCCACAAGGUCGACCGUCUGGGCCGAGAGGAAGAGCGUCGAGGGUCUCUGGGCCGAUGUUUCCUCGGAGUCUGGACUGCUCGCCCUCGCCAAGGGCACGCCAUUUGAGGCCCGGGAAGAAUUCGAGACGGCACUGACGCAUUGUCCCGACCACCCCGCCGCCACUGUUGGCCUAUCGAACAUUCUUCUCGACAUCUACAGCGAGACGCUGCUUCCCCAACCUGCCAUCCCAGCGCUAGUCAACGGCGAGGUGGCCUCAGACCCAGCCAGCGUUGCGCUCCAUGAGCACGCCCGCAAAGCCGCCCUCGCCGCCGCAGGCAUCCUACCGUCAGUCGCGCUCGGUCUAGGUCCGUCAGUCGUUGUCGACGACGAGCCGACCGCGGCCUUGUACCGCACCGGGGCCAGCAGCCCCAGCGACGACGGUCUCCCUGCGCCCUACAAGACGACCAGCUUACCGCUGUCGGACCGCCUGGCGGCACGCGACCGUGCGUACACACUGCUCACGGGGCUGACGCGUCUGGGCUCGGCGUGGGACUCGGCGGAGGCAUGGUUCGCGCUUGCCAGGGCGUACGAAGAGAGUGGCCAGCCCGACAAGGCCAAGGAGGUGCUCUGGUGGUGCGUAGAACUGGAAGAGUCGAGCGGCGUGCGAAGCUGGCGCAGUGUUGCGGCCGAUGGCUACAUUGUUUGA